GCAGGAAAAGGCCCCCCGAGGCAGCCAAAGAUCCACCGCCCUGGCAGCCAAGCUGCAUGUUUAAAACAACAAGCUUCAGAUCAAACAUGAUUAGUGUGGGCUGACCACCCCAACCACUCCAUGUAUGAGAUCCCCUGUGUGAUCAGAGUCAGUGAGACAUCGCCAUCAGUAACAGUGUUGCUCUCGCGCUGCGUGCUUGUCCGUUCGCGCCGGGUACACCAAUGUUGCCUCGUCUUGUGGUUGCGUGGAAACUGAAAGGCUGCACUCACUGAGCGCGCAUUGGACUGUCGGAGCAUUUCCAGUGGCGCGUCGUGGUUACCAGCAAGAGCGGCUCUCAAGCACAAGUUUAACGAGCUGAGAGAGGACCUGAUGGAAGCGAACCGAAAUAUUGACCGAACCGCCUUCCGGGGAGCACUCUGAUCUGCUGGACCAUCACACUGUUGGGCACUUGCUGAGAGACACACACCAUGAAAAGGAGAGGGAAAGCGGCAAAGACGUGAGUGUGUGCUCAACAGCUUCUGGGGAGGUUGAUGUGGACUUCACCUCUUGUGCCCAGGUGGUCCUUCCUGGAGCAUGCCAGUAUCCCAUGAUGUCCCUACUUGCAGACUGGUUACUGCGCCACUCAGUGGUCAUGUGUUUGCUGCUGCACAGCCUAGUGCUGAUGACCUUCUGCUUCCACAAUGCUGCCACCAGUUGCUCAAAGAGCUGCUACUGCUCUGAGAGCGAGAGCGGCGGCAAGACGGUCCGCUGCAGCAAUCUGCAGCUCACAGAGAUCCCCCAGGAUAUUCCCAAUGACACACGACGUGUGUACCUGGACUUCAACCUUUUCACUACUGUCCCAACAAAUGCUUUUGCAGGUUUGCCCUACCUGGUUGAACUGGAUCUAUCACACAAUGAAUUGAGUCAGUUAGAUCCAGGUGCAUUCAGAGGCCUGGGCUCCACACUACAGUUUCUAGACCUUUCUUCUAACAAGUUAGUGAACUUUAACCCUGAGGCCUUUGAUGGACUGCGGUCUCGCGCCAACCUAACAAACAAUCCGUGGCAUUGUGACUGCAACUUGCAGAUGGCCAUGCCCCGCGUGGACCUGGAGCCUGCGUCGUUGACGGGCAUCGUGUGCCAGACUUCAGAUCCGGAGGAAACAGGAGUUCAAGGACUUGCCUUCCUGUUGGAACCAGACAUAGACCUAUGUGUGGUGAUGAAGAGGACUACAGAUGUGGCCAUGCUGGUCGUAAUGUUCGGCUGGUUUACCAUGGUCAUCUCCUACCUGGUCUACUAUGUCAGGGCUAAUCAGGAGGACGCCCGCAGACACCUGGAGUAUCUCAAGUCAUUGCCAGGCAUACAGGGUAAGUCAGAGGAGUCUUCCACCAUUAGUACUGUGGUAUAGGGCUGAUGGAGCUACACGUGGGACCUGAAGUGGUAAACCACACCAAACUGGAUAGAGCUACAACCUACAACUUCACAGACGUCAUCAGUCUCAGAUGGUUUUGCUGUUGUCAAAGAGCCAAGGUGAGCAACAAGACAUGCGCAUCUGCACAAGAAAACCAGGCCGAUGCAACCUAGCUCGGAUGAAUAAUUCAUCAUUCAGCGAUCCAUUAGUAGUUUUUUUUGGCUGAAUUGAUGGUCUAGUUUGUGCACUAAGGGAGUAAAAGCAGCGGCAUGGUUGGUGAAUUCCAAAUAUGGGAUACAAAUGGGAUUUAUCCAAUGGUGCAUACACCCUACACACAGACAAUUACGGAGAAAACGUCAAACAGCAGUAUGAACGAUGGGAAAAGGUAACACGACAAUGAGGAACUCCAUGUACAACUGUUUUGCAUUAAAACCCUUACGGUAUUCACCAAUGUAUUCCAAGUAAAAUGAUGUUUUCCAAUUAAA